CUAACAGCAUACUUAUACUAUAGUGUAUAAUAUAACAUGUGCCAUAAAUACUGAUAAAUUGAAUACUACCUGCACAUGGAAUCAAGAGAUCAAGAGAUUUUAUCUGAUUUAUGAUUAAAAACUGCAGACAUAGAGAUACGAUAUUGGAAACAAAAAUAUGGAAAUUAUCUUAUCAUUUCAGGAAAGAUCAUAAAUAGACUUUAAUAAAAUCAGAUAUAAUAGGUUAAUGAUAUGAAAUCGAACGCACUUGAUUUCAAGCGAGAGUUACUGUAAAUUGUAAAUAUGUUAUCGACUGUAUUUAAAUACGAAAAACGGAUUAACUUCUUACAAAAAUGUGUCUUUGUUCAAAAUAGAACUUACGUUGAAAAACGGAUCAUUAUAAAAAAUGAUCAGAAGAAAAAGAAUUCUCAAUUAAAUAAAUUGAAAGAAUUUAAAAAUAGUUUAGAAACUUUAACAAAUGCCAUUUUACCAUGGGAUCCCAAGGACGAUGUAGUCCCAUGGUCAGAUCGUCCGCCAAUAGUACCCUUAACUUGUGAUGUUAUAGUAAUUGGUGGAGGUAUAAUAGGUAGUUCUGCAGCUUAUUGGUUGAAAAGGCGAUGUUUCAGAGACCUUAAAGUUCUUGUUAUCGAGAAAGAUCCUUGGUACUCCACAGCAUCGACAGUUCUCUCUGUUGGUGGUCUGCGCCAGCAGUUUUCUCUGCAAGAGAACAUCGAGAUGUCUCUCUUUGGUGCAGAAUUCUUGCGCAAUGUCAACAGUUAUCUAGGCAUUGAUGGAGAGCCUAAUGUUGACACCUCCUUUCACCCAUUUGGUUACUUGAUGUUAUCAUCAGAGAAGGGAGCUGAUACAUUAAUGAAUAAUUCCAAACUCCAAAAUUUUCUUGGUGCAAACAAUAUUUUGAUGUCGCCAACUAAGUUGAAGGACAUGUUCCCAUGGAUCGAUAUAGAGGGUGUUGCUUUAGGUUGUUUGGGAUUAGAAAAGGAAGGCUGGUUCGAUCCAUGGUCUCUCCUCUGUGCUUUUAAAAGGAAAGCAAUUUAUCAAGGUGUGCAGUACGUUUGUGCAGAAGCAAUGGGAUUCGAAUACAAGGAAGAGUGUGAUAAAAGCGUUACAGAUAAGAAGUUGGACAAAUUAAAUAUAAGGACUCGAGAAGGUGAGACAUACUCUAUAAGUUUUGCACUAGCUGUUAUUGCUGCUGGGGCUGCCAGUGGAAAUAUUGCAAAGAUGGCAGAUGUUGGUGUAGCAGAAAACCGUGGCAAGUUACUGAACACGCCUUUACCUGUUGAACCAAGGAAGAGAUAUGUUUAUUGUUUCCACUGCCCCGAUGGACCUGGUUUAAACACACCAUUGACAAUAGAUUAUACUGGAACUUAUUUUAGGAGAGAAGGUUUAGCAGGUAAUUACAUCUGUGGGAGAUCACCUGAAGAAUCGGAAGAACCACCAGCUACAGACUUAAAUGUUGAUUAUGAUUAUUUUGAAGAAAAAAUAUGGCCUGUACUCGCAAGUAGAGUGCCAACCUUUGAAAAGUUGAAAUUAAAGUCCUGUUGGGCAGGAUAUUACGAAUAUAAUACCUUUGAUCAGAACGGAAUAAUUGGACUGCACCCUUAUCACAGAAAUUUAUUAUUUGCUACUGGAUUCAGUGGACAUGGGAUUCAACAAGCACCAGCUGUAGGUAGAGCGGUUUCUGAAUUAAUUCUGGAUAAUAAAUUCACCACUAUCGAUUUAUCAAAACUUAGUUUUGAAAGAAUCAUUGAGAACUUACCUGUACGUGAGGUUAAUAUUGUAUAAUAGAUUUCUCAUUAUUGUACAUUGUAUUUGUUGUACAUGUUAUUAUGCUGUAUAAGCUAUUAUUGCUGUAGUAAAUUAUUAUUGUAUAUAAUAUUCUAGUUAGCAUAUACAUAUUUGUAACAAAUAAAUAUUAAUAUUUAAAAUUAUAA